AUGACAUACAGCAUCACUACAAAGACGCCAGUUGGUAAGAAAUUCGAUGGGGUAUUUGAUAAGAUCACUGAUGAACAUAAAGCUAAGAAGGUGGCAACAAAGUCCGGUGAUAUCGAUGGUGAAGCUGAUCAAGAAGACCUGGUAGAUGUUCUUCUAAGAGUUCAGGAGAAGGGUAAUCCUGAUAUCCCUUUAGAUAUGACAACCGUCAAAGCUGUUAUCUUGGACAUGUUCAUUGCCGGAGUUGAGACAUCAUCUACAACUUUAAUUUGGGCAAUGUUAGUUAUCAAAGAAACUCUCAAAAUACACACUCUAAGCGCUCUAUUACUUCCGAGAAAGAGCUGUGAAAUCAAUGGACAUGAUAUACCUGCGAAAACCCAAGUCAUUGUUAAUGCAUGGGUAAUUGCUAGAGAUCCUGAAAAUUGGAGUGAUCUAAAGAGCUUUCAGCCAGAGAGACUCCUUGACAGCUCAGUUGAUUACAAGGGAACUCAUUUUCAAUACACACCAUUUGGUGCUGGAAGGAGAAUAUUUCCUGGCAUGUCAUUCAGGAUAGCUAAUAUUGAGCUUCCACUUGCAAAUUUAUUGUAUCACUUUGAGUGGAAGCUUCCUGAUGGAGAAAAGCAAGAAGAUCUAGACAUGACUGAGGUCUUUGGUGCAGCAGUUGGCAGGAAAAGAGAUUUGUGUGUUAUUCUAAUUCCUUAUCAUCCUUCAGCUUAA